AGCCAUCCGGUGAUCAAAGGGUUUUACUGCCCGCCAUGCCGAAAGCGUCCCUGCUGAUCGCAGGCGCCGCGGGCGUCGCGCUGGCGCCGGCAUUCCUGGCACCUGGUGCCGGCGUUCCUGUGCGGGCACCUGCGCGGGCAGAGGAGGCGACCAGGUCCGUGCGAGACAGCACCAAUGCACCUUUUCGCAUGGCGAACGUGGCUUUGCCUGCGCUCGGCUUGUUGGCCGCGGGUCGCCGCGCAGCUCGAUCCGGCACAGCCCGUGCUGCGGAAGCAGCCGCCGCAGAGCCAGAGCCAGAGGUCUUCGAUCCACGGAAGGAGCCAGGCGUGACGCUGCCUUUGAUGUACUUUGAUCCCUUGGGCUUUGCUAAGGAGGGCGACCGUGAAGGCUUCUACCAGCUGCGGGCCGCUGAGUUAAAGCAUGGCCGUGUGGCCAUGAUCGCUUCCGUGGGCUGCGUGAUGCAGCACAACAUCAAAUUUCCAGGCUUUGAAGAUGUGCCCGCCGGAAUCAAGGCUGCCAUUACUCCUCCUGGUACCUACGGUCUCCUUGCGAUCAUUGCAUUGGCCGGCGCUUUGGAACUGACGAUCUUCAAGCAGGAUCCGGAGAUGGACCCAGGUGAUUUUGGCGACCCGGCGGGAUUUGGGCAAUACUACACCGAGUGGAAGGACCGCGAGCUUAACAAUUGCCGAAUGGGCAUGGUCUCCUUCCUGGGGAUUGUCGUGGCCGAGCUGGCCACUGGCAAGGAUGGAGUGGAGCAGAUCUGGACUCCUUUGGGAAACCUGGCAGCCGAGUGAGCGCGGCAGAACCCGUGGGCAAAGCUCGGGUUUGCUUGAGUUGACUGCGGUGGGCGUCACAUUUCACCAAACAUGUGUUACGAUUCGAAGGCUUUGGCACUGUGAGCUGCCAUCGAUGAUGCGGGGAUGGAAUUCGUACAAUGUCCUAUAUUGACCGGGGCUCACGGAAUCAUUAG